GAAGAUAACCAGAAAAGGAUUUCAGGCGUUGACCGCAUUUUAAGAGCUUACCUUCAACAGUUUCUGUAAGUAUAGACUGUUCGAGUAGAGUUUAAUAAUAAAUAUUGAUAACUGACAUCAAGCAGACAAGAAAAUAAACACCCAGCAAAGUCUUUUUCCCUUAAUCAGUACUUACUUACUCACUUUACGUUACGCCAGACAGAAUUAGUUAAUAUAUUCAGCUUACUAAUGAAAAAUGGAAAAUGCAGUUUCGAGUACCCUAAAUGUCAUGGACGACAUUGUGCUCAAAGUCUACCACGAAGUUCCAAGACCAGCUAGGCUUUUCCUCGAGAAAAUAAAUACGAAUGCUCUGAGUCAUGACACUGAUGGUGCAGACAGCGACCAGCUGACUCACAAUUGCUUCUUCCUCAAAGGAAACUUGAAGGACAUCCUUUCCAGUCUGACUGAGGAUAUGUUCGUGAUCGCCGUGGAGUUGCCUUCUGCGAACCCUGCUGCAGUCUGCAAGGUGCUCGAGGAAAUCAUAAAGAAAUGUCCUAAUGUUCGUGCGCUGAAAAUCGGGAGGAACGGCAAAUCUCCGGGGAAGCUCAACAAAAAGACUGAGAAAGCUUUGGUCAAAGUUUUCAAGAAGAUCGCCACCAGCUGCACAGAACUUUCACAUCUGGAAAUCAGAGACGUCGUGAUUACUCGGCCGGUUUACGACAUUCUGAGUGAGAUGUCGCACCUUGCGGCACUAGGAGCUAACGUAGCCUGGGACGACCUCGAGUCGAAACUCUGCGCCGAUAGACUUAUCACUAAGCUCGAAAUGCAACCGAAAAUCGAACUAUUCGAUUUCAAGCAGUAUGGAAAAUUCAGAGGUCCAAUGGAACAUACGACCCGGGAUUUCAUUAAAACGAAGUUGAAAGCUGUCGAGGGUUUGUCGGUGACGACGAGGACGAACAAGCUCGACUGGCUGUUUCAAUGCGAAGCUCUGAGAUACCUGGAUCUGGACAUUUCAGCGCCAGAGCUCCUGUCGAAAACGAAAUCUCAGGCAACGUGGGCCUGUUUGGAAAAUCUCCACAAGUUGAAACUGUGCUCGAACACUCUCACUGGAAUCCCGCCGCUGAAGCAGUGUGUGCACCUGACUGACGUCAUCUUGGAUAUCAAAACGCCGGACGAGGACUUUUCCACUUGGGCUGACGAGAGAAUGCCUCCACACUUGGAGUUCGCCAUGUUCACGAAAGUAUCGAAGUGCAAGAUGGACAUGCUCUAUGCAUUUCAGAAUCACGAAGAACUGAAAGCGCUCUACUUUGGCUACUUGGAGAAUGGUCUGCCUGCCAUUGGAACCUCUGCUGCUCCCAGUUCCCUCUCAUUUCUCGUGAUCCUCGAAAACAAUGAUCCGGAGAAUGACAGCGAAUUUUAUGACGCUGCUGCUGCGCAGAUUCAAAGCGAUUUACCUGGAUUGCGAUUCAAGGUGAAUGGAUUUGAGUCACCCCUUAGUACGGUACUAUGGACUAGCUACUGCAAGAAGAUGAGGAGGCUGAUAGAAAACCCAGUAGUUUUUGACUGGGCAGUGCCAUGUUUCAGUGACAAGCUGUAUUCAAAAUCGGAUGCGUGCGGAACCGGUUAUGAAGAAUGUCCGUGUGUACUUGGAAAGAAAUAAAAGGUCUCCGUUUUGUGAAAAUUAUUUCUGCAUCACGUGCCAAAUUAGCAUUUUUCAGAUAAGGAGGUGAAUAAAUACAGACUUACUGAACCCUCGA